AAUUUUCCGUCUUUUUCUCUCUCACUCGUUGACUCGCUGUAGUCUGUAACUUAACUCUGUAGUGUACAAAACUGAUACGUUUACAAGUUAAGUACAACUGUAUACAACCUUCAAUAAACGUCUCCUUAUGUUUUUUAUACAAUUAACUUUACUUUAGCGACAAUUGAAGUGGGUAUAGAAGUGAAGUACCUAUAAACAUUAUACACGGUUGAACCGUAUAUUUUGUAUCAUAUCCAAUAAAUGCACGUCAUCAGUAGGAUUUCUCAAGUGUCAACCAUACUUGGUACUUGGUGUACUUAAUUAUCAUUUGCAGAGAGAGAGAUAAGCAGUGUAUAAGCACUCUACAUCCCACCACCUUCUUGCUCACUUUGUUGUGUUAAUUGUUGUUGCUCUUGGAUUAGAUAUGGCAUUUAAGGUACUGCCGAGCUGUCGCAAAUUCCAUACCUACGUGAACAAGGACUCGGUAAAAAUCAUAACUCACAAGUUCAAGUGCAUUGGUGCUGGAUUGAUAGGCGCGGGUGUGGUGGUUUAUACGACAACACGAUGUCGGCUCCACGCAGCUCAGCCUGUCCUCGAUACAAGCCAUUUUAUGACAGAACCAAUCACCAGUGUGGACCACUUGCAGAAGAACAAAAACGACAUGAAGACGAAAAUGGAGCUGAUGAUAAUGAAAAUUCAAUCAGACUUCAUCAAGGCUUUAGAGUCCGAAGAGGAGGACGGUACCAAAUUCAAGGUUGACAGGUGGACGAGGAAGGAAGGCGGUGGAGGUGUCACUUGCGUUCUUCAGGAUGGAACUGUCUUUGAAAAGGCCGGGGUGAACGUCUCUGUGGUUACGGGUACUCUGCCCUCCAGUGCUGUGCAACAAAUGAGAGCUAGGGGCAAGAACAUGGACGAAGGCAACCUGCCGUUUUUUGCUGCUGGUAUAAGUUCUGUCAUCCAUCCGAGGAAUCCUAUGGUACCAACAAUUCACUUCAACUACAGGUACUUUGAAGUUAAAAACAAGGACGGCUCGACACAGUGGUGGUUUGGCGGUGGCACCGACUUGACUCCCUAUUACUUCAACGAAGACGACGCCAAGCAUUUCCACGGAACGCUACAUCAAGCCUGUAAAAAACACGAUCCCGGCUACUACGCGAAAUUUAAGAAAUGGUGCGACGAUUACUUUUUCAUAACCCACAGAGGCGAGAGACGCGGCGUCGGUGGUAUAUUUUUCGACGAUCUGGACACGCCCGACCAAGAGCGGGCUUUCAAGUUCGUGGAAUCUUGUGCCGAGUCCGUGGUACCGUCUUAUGUGCCUCUUGUGAAUAAACACAAAAACGAUGGGUAUGGGUAUGCCGAGCGUAAGUGGCAGUUGCUAAGAAGAGGCAGAUACGUGGAGUUUAAUUUAAUAUACGACAGGGGAACAAAGUUUGGUCUCUAUACACCUGGUGCGAGGUACGAGAGUAUUCUCAUGUCUUUGCCACUCACGGCUAGGUGGGAGUACAUGCACGAGCCUGAAGCUGAUUCCAGGGAGGGUAAACUGCUCGAGAUCUUGAAGAAUCCUAGGGAUUGGGUUUAAGAGUGUAAAUUAAUAGUGACCGAUGUACACCAGAUGCGAAUGCUAUUUUUCUACUGAUGACUCAAACGUGCAAAGGUCACAAAAAAUUUCAAAGGUAGAAAAACUAUUAUUUUAAUCUGCAUUUACUUAAUUAGGAUGCAAUUACAGGAAUCGUUGGAAUGGAAUUUUUUUUUUUUUUUAUCCACUGUUUCCUAAGUAUUUUAUCUAAUAGAUUUAUGAGACUUGUGCAAAUCUGUAUUUUUAUGAAGCAAAUAACUUGAUUGUUAUUCCAGUGCUACAAGACUUACAUAUUAAAUUGUUGAAAACAAAUUCAUCAAACGAUUGCCGUUAAAAGUGCGCUGUUUACUUUAUGUACUUAAAAAUGUAAAUAUUGUUGAAACGAAAUAUUUUUAUAAUAGACAUUAUAUUGUUAAAGGAGCAGGAUAUUACAAGAGGAAAUAAAUAAUGAAA